AUGGGUCUCAUGGGUUCCAUGAAGAUUGACUGGAGAUCUAACAAGUGGGCGAUUCUCUUCUGCGCAAUCGCCUCUGUUGGAGCUCUCUGUUAUGGAUAUGACAACACCUAUUAUAACGGUGUCUUGGCCAUGCAAGAGUUCAAGAACGAUUACGGAACCCACUUCGACGCAGACGGCAACAAGGCGUUGCCCUCAUCCUUCCAAUCUUUGACAGCAUCUUCUAUCUAUAUCGGAGACUUGUUUGGUGCCCUUAUCGCGUCGCCAAUCAACGAUCGAUGGGGUCGCAAAAUGGUCUUCUGGAUUGCGUCUAUCUGCAUCCUGCUCGGCGGUGUUGCGCAGGUUGCAGAUACCAACCACGAGGCUGUCAUUGUUGUCGGGCGUGUUGUUAUGGGUCUUGGCGUUGGUCAAUUCACAGUCACAACUCUUCUAUACAUUGGAGAAGUAGCCCCGACAGCUAUCCGUGGACCGGCGCUGAUGAUGUUCCAAUUUCUGCAAUCUAUCGCUCAGUUGGUGGCAUCUGCCAUUACCCAGGGCACCGAGGGUGUCAAAAGCUCAGUUUCCUACAAGAUUCCAAUGGGUGGUCUUAUCGUCCUCCCAUUGAUUAUGUUCAUUGGCCUGCCUUUCAUUCCGGAAAGCCCGCUGUGGUAUAUCCUCAAAGGCCGUCCUGCCGACGCUGAAAAGUCCCUGCGAUCCAUCAACAGAGACAAAGCCGACUACGAUCCCACCGAGGACCUUCAGAACUUCGAGGAGAUUAAGGCAAUUGAGGAGCGUCAUGCCGAGGGUUCCUCCUGGAAGUAUCUCCUCAGCGAUCCCGUCGAGCGACGCAAGCUCUUCUACUCUUGCGGCGCCAUGGUCUGCUCCCAGGUUUGCGGCAUCUUGUUCUUCUAUGUCUACGGUGUCGUCUUUGCCCAGGCUAUCGGCAUCAAGGAUCCUUUCCUCAUCCAGCUCAUCACCAACAUCUUGCAAAUCUUUGCUGUGGGCGCAUCCGUCGUUACCGGCAACAAGGUAUCUCGACGCAUUAAUUUGUUCGUCACCAAUAGCAUGAUGCUAUUCGCCUUUAUUGUUAUUGGCGGUAUUGGUACACAAGGAACACCUACACGGGCAGCACAAUACGUGAUUGUUAUCUUCUCCUACUUCGUCAUCAUCGGCUACAAUUUUGGUAUCGGUCCUUUGGCCUACACUAUUGCCCGUGAGAUGGCCGUCGGUGUGAACCAGAACAAGAUCAUGUCCACGUCAAUCGUGGUGUUCUACUUCGUUACCUGGGCCUUUUCCUUCACUGCCCCGUACCUAUACUACGAUGCCGGUCUGGGACCCAUGAUCUGCUUCGUGUACGCCGGAACGACGAGCUUGACGCUCCUAUACACUUGGUUCUGCGUUGGAGAGACGGCAGGGCGCUCGAGCAUUGAAAUUUCAUACUUCUUCACGGAAGGUAUUCCCGUCAGGCAGUGGAAGACGCACGUGUUCGAUUCUCUCCACAUCAGCGCAAGGGAGAAACAGGAGGCCGCGGAGGACAAAGCUGGUGCUUCGUACCACGUGGACACGAAGGUCUAA